CAGCCAUGAGCAGCGCCCCCGCGCCGGGCCCGGCGCCCGCGUGCCUCACGCUCUGGGACGAGGAGGACUUCCAGGGUCGUUGCUGUCGGCUGCUGAGCGACUGCGCCAACAUCAGCGAGCGCGGGAGCCUGCGCAGGGUGCGCUCGGUCAAGGUGGAAAGCGGCGUAUGGGUGGCCUUUGAGUACCCUGACUUCCAGGGACAGCAGUUCAUUCUGGAGAAGGGAGACUACCCUCGAUGGAGUGCCUGGAGUGGCAGCAGCGGCCACCCCAGCAACCAGCUGCUUUCUUUCCGGCCAGUGCUCUGUGCGAACCACAGUGACAGUCGAGUGACACUGUUUGAAGGAGAAAACUUCCGUGGCUGCAAGUUUGAACUCAAUGAUGACUACCCGUCACUGCCCUCCAUGGGCUGGACCAGCAAGGAUGUGGGUUCCAUCAAAGUCAGCUCUGGAGCGUGGGUAGCCUACCAAUACCCAGGCUACCGAGGCUACCAGUAUGUAUUGGAGCAGGACCGGCACAGUGGGGAGUUCCGUACCUAUGGUGAAUUCGGCACACAGGCCCACACAGGACAGCUGCAGUCCAUUCGGAGAGUCCAGCACUAGCUUCCACACCUCCAGUCACCUACCCUAGGGACCCUCAAUAAAGGUCCCUGAAACU